ACACGCAACUCAGAGCUAUCCCUUGCGAUAUAAGCAGAAGUACACCUGCAAUGAUGGGGCAGGAACGGAGACUGGAGAGAGAGAGGUACAUGCCUUGUUUAUUCUCCAGUGGGAGCUACACAGAGGAAACAAGGGAACAUAAUCUUGCCUGUUGCGACUUUUUUGAAAGCUCAAAAAGCUUAACGAUGGGUUCUCUGAGUGUUCUCUCUUUCUCUCUCUAAUCAAAGAUACCAGAAAGCAUAAUUUCCUCAUUUGGUUGGAACUUUUGUUUUCCGAGCUGACGCAUGCUUCCAACCUGCAACUUUUUAUUCAUCUUAGGGUUAGGGUUUCAUUCAUGGGAUUUUAACAGGUGGUGGUGUCAAGUUUCUGGAACGGAGUAGGUUAUGAGCUUGUGGAUAGGGUUAGGGUUUCAUUUCUCUUCACGGACACUGUAAUGUUCGACUGAUGGCAACGGGGAAUCCACAGCCACUGCAAAUUCGACCCUACGAGGGCCAUGACGACCAUUUGCAGAUUCCUAUCCAGAUUGAUGACGAGGAAGGUGGAUACGAAGCUGAUGCUAUUGGUUGUGGCGGUGACGACGCCAUGGAUGGCGUUGAUGAAAUCCGGAUGAAUUCGGGAAACCCUGUUGAUCAGAAUGUUGUUGCUGUGUCUUCUCGGACGAGUGAGCUCACCUUAUCGUUUGAAGGUGAAGUUUACGUCUUCCAUGCCGUCACUCCUGAAAAGGUUCAGGCUGUACUAUUGCUUUUAGGUGGGCGUGAUGUACCUUCUAGUAUGCCUAGCGUUGAAGUACCUUAUCAGGACAAUCAGGUUGUUACUGAUAUCCCACGGCGUACAAAUCUUUCACGAAGAAUUGCUUCUCUAGUUAGGUUCCGUGAGAAGCGGAAAGAGCGAUGCUUUGACAAGAAAAUCCGAUACACUGUCCGUAAAGAGGUGGCUCAGAGGAUGCAUCGUAAGAAUGGUCAGUUUGCCUCCGUGAAGGAGAGCUACAAAGGACUGCCAUCUGGUGCAAGUUGGGAUCCAGCUCAGAGUUCUCUUCAGGAUGAUGGUACUCCUCACCCAGAAAUUGUUCUCCGUAAAUGCCAGCAUUGUGGCAUCAGUGAAAAGUCCACUCCAGCAAUGCGUCGUGGACCAGCUGGUCCGAGGUCUCUUUGCAAUGCUUGUGGGCUUAUGUGGGCAAACAAGGGAACUUUAAGAGAUCUCAGCAAGGGAGGAAGGCAUAUUUCUUACGACCAAGAGCCUGGAACACCAAUUGAAAUUAAACCUUUGACAAUGGAAGCUGAAAAUCCCUCAACCAACGAGGAUGAACUGGGUAAUCCUGAAGAUCUUUCAAAGGUUGCAAGUGCAGGAAAUGAGAAUCGAUCUGUCAUCCAUGGUGAGGGAAGCCCAGGAGAGAUGAAGCCUUUACACGCGGAGACUGAAAAUCCUGCUAUCAGCAAGGAUGAGCAGAAUAUGCAGGAAAAUUUGGAUGAUCUUGCAAACACUUCAGAAAUCGAGAUUCCUUCCAAUCUGGAUGAGCCGACUGAAGUUGAAUGCCUUGUGCUGAACGAUGGUCAGGGAUUUGAUGUCACUUCGAAUGGCCAUGGCACUGAACCUUAGUUAAGAAGGUUAUUUUCUGAUGGGAGGAAUGUGCUCGAUGGAUUUGCUACUGACCUAAUAUAUCUGGAGAUGGUUGGUCUAUAAAAUGCUAGGGAUCCUAUUUGUGUAUUACUGCUAGAAAUCAUGUCUGUUUCAUAUGUGUUCGAUUCGCUAGCCUUUUAUUUCUUUCUCCAAUUAAAAUUUAUUGGAGUGGUUCCUUUAGAUUUCAAAUCCACUUUGUAGUGGUAGGGUGGGCUGUUUGUGACACUGAUCUGGUUGUUGUGUAACACGAUUCACCUGUAAUUAUAGGAACUAACGU